UCUUGCCAGAGCAUUGCGUUGCAUAUGCAUUUAUCUCAGUGUUGCAAGUUUGAAAAGUUGCCAUGCUAUGAGAUUUCAGCUUCAGCAGGAACAGACAAAUAUCUUGGAAGGGUAUCAUCAUCUUCUGUUAAGAUGGAAAAUCGCCUCUUUGGCAAUAGCAGUAUUUAUGGGAUCAUUAACUUAUUCACAGGCUCGUCCUUGAAUUCCUCCUCUUUUAUAAUAUCUUUUGAGAGGACAGGCAAGUAAUUCAAAGAGCAGAGCUUAUUUUUAGGUUUAGUCUGAGCCUGAAAUAAAUUGAGAAGGCUGAGUAGUGUUACAAUAAACAGGGAGUAAAACAGAGACAGGAAAUAGGGGGUCUUUGGUAAUGAGUUCCAGCCACUCUUGAAACAGAAAGCCAGAGAAAGCAUUACUUGAAAAAUAGUUUCUCAGUGACAGCUUAAUAAUUUUUAGCUUGUUAUUCAACAUUAAAGGGGAACAGAUUUUGCAGAUUUCUACUGUUCUUGAAAGAUCCUUUUUUAAAGAUCAUUUAGCAAGUUAUAUUUUUGAUGAUUUCAGAGUCGCAUUGUUCUUGUUGCUAACUGAUCUGCUGUUUAAAAAAACCAGAUGUUUGGGGGAGAGCCUGAAGUUUAUACAGUUGUGUGUUAUAUAUACAUCUGUGAGAAGCCUUUGGGAUAAGACCGUGGGACAGGGGCAGGAGAUUUAGCUUAAAAUAUGAACAGGCACUGAAGGUUUCAGAAGUUGAGGGUUGAAAGGGGAAGAAAUCACAGCUAUAUCCUGUAGAACAAAGCAGUGCGCUCGCUUCCAAAAGUUUCUUUUUAACCCUGGGAAUGUAACUGCUGAGAUGGGCCCAAAGCAUGGAUGGUGAGAUUGAUAUUUACAAGCACUUCACGUGGCUAAAGAGGUCACAGGUGAAUCAUCAUCCAUCCAAUAAUGAAACUUAUCAAGAAAGGUUGGCACGAUUAGAAGGUGAUAAAGAGUCGCUCAUACUGCAGGUGAGUGUUCUUACAGACCAGGUGGAAGCUCAGGGAGAAAAAAUCCGGGACUUGGAAAUCUGUCUUGAGGGGCAUCAGUUGAAGCUGAAUGCUACAGAAGAAAUGCUUCAACAGGAAUUGCUGAGUCGCACAUCGCUGGAGACACAGAAAUUAGAUCUGAUGGCUGAAGUUUCAGACCUGAAGAUUAAGCUGGUUGGUAUGGAAAAGGAACAGAGUGAAUAUGAAGAGAAACAGAACAAAGCUGAGUCAGUAGUGAACCUGAUCAGUGACCUACAGGAGCAGAUGUGUAGACUGCAGCUGGAAAUUAAUAGUAGAAUCCAAGAAAGAAAGUCUCAAGAUAGGAAACCAGACUUGACACCUAAUGGUCCUCAAUCUGGCCCAAGAUCAGUAGAGACUCUGAGCCAGAAGAAUUGUUCUUGGUGUGAUGGUUUGCUGCAGGAACUUAGGCACCUCAAAAUUAAAGUGGAAGAGCUGGAAAAUGAAAGAAAUCAAUACGAGUGGAAAUUAAAAGCAACUAAAGCUGAGAUAGCCCAGCUUCAAGAGCAAUUAGCUCUCAAAGAUGCAGAGAUAGAACGCCUGCAAAGUCAGCUCUCUAGGACCUCAUCAUACAGCGAAGUGGCAGAAAGAGAGGAAGUUUAUAGGAGAAGGCUAAAAGAAAAACAUCAAGAAGUUCAGCGACUGAAGAUAGGAAUGGAAUCGUUAUUGGCUGCAAAUGAAGAAAAGGACCGUCGAAUAGAGGAGCUGACGCUGUUGCUAAGCCAGUACAGGAGGGUCAAAGACAUCAUGAUUGCAGCUCAUGGCUCUUCUGUCUCUGGUGGCAGUGAAGAGGAAGUUGAGAUAACUUUAAGGAAGUGGAAUCUUUUGAAUAAUUCUCAAGGAGAAUUACUGAAAACAGAGGCCUCUUCAGGAGAAUUGUCACAAGCUGUGCUCCCUCCAGUGCCACACAAAGCUAUGGAAAUCAGUGGAAGCAUUCCAGUAUCUUCGACUAAUAUGACCUCUCCACAAGAAGAAUCUUUGGAAAUCAUAAACAGGGUUCCACAGAAAAAAAAGUCAAGUAGUUUAGAAGACUUGCAGAGUGAAUCCCUGGAAAAGUAUGUAGAUGGAAAACCAGCACAGCCUGUUGUAGAACAAGAGAGUAAGCCAGUUGUGAAGGGCAGCAAGUACCAAACCUUGCCAGGAAAGAUGCCCCGACCCUUGCAGAAUGGAGAGCAGGGAACGUAUCACUCUCCGGAUGGAUGUGGGAUGAGCGAGGAAAACGGCGUCCCGGGCCUGAAUCGCAUCAGGAGUGUCAGUGCACCAGUGCUAGGAGAAACAGAGAACAUGGAUGGUACAGUAGUCUCAGACGACCCUUCACCUCUUUCUUCGGGAACAGAUUCAAGUCCACAGUCUCCAUGGUCUCCAGAAAACAGAAAGAGUCCAAAAGGGAUCAAGAAAAUCUGGGGAAAAAUAAGAAGAACUCAGUCAGGUAACUUCCCUGCAGACGACCUGGGGUUGGCAGAGUUCCGAAGAGGUGGCCUCCGUGCUACAGCUGGGCCUCGGUUAUCCCGGUCCAAGGACACCAAAGGCCAGAAGAGUGACUACAACGCUCCAUUUGCUCAGUGGAGCACCGAGAGAGUUUGUAACUGGCUUGAGGACUUUGGUCUCGGCCAGUACGUCAUUUUUGCACGGCAGUGGGUGACGUCGGGCCACACACUGUUAACUGCCACACCUCAGGACAUGGAAAAGGAAAUGGGAAUAAAGCAUCCACUGCACAGGAAGAAAUUGGUUUUGGCCAUUAAGUCAAUAAAUGCAAAACAGGAUGAGAAGUCUGCACAACUUGAUCAUAUCUGGGUGACACGAUGGCUCGAUGACAUUGGCUUACCUCAGUACAAAGACCAGUUUCAUGAAUCCAGAGUUGAUGGGAGGAUGUUGCAGUACUUAACUGUGAAUGACCUUCUCUUUCUGAAAGUCACCAGUCAGCUGCAUCAUCUGAGCAUUAAAUGUGCCAUUCAUGUGCUGCACGUCAACAAUUUCAACCCCCACUGCCUACGCAGGAGACCGGUUGAGGAGAACAACGUGUCGCCUUCUGAUGUGGUUCAGUGGUCCAACCACCGAGUGAUGGAAUGGCUCAGAUCAGUGGAUCUGGCAGAAUAUGCACCAAACCUUCGAGGGAGCGGAGUGCACGGGGGCCUGAUUAUUCUCGAACCUCGCUUCAACGGGGACGCGCUGGCCAUGCUCCUGAACAUCCCACCUCAAAAGACCCUCCUGCGCCGCCACCUCACCACCAAUUUUAACGUAUUAAUUGGACCAGAGGCACAGCAAGAAAAAAGAGAAAUAAUGGAGUCAGCAGCAUACACACCUCUGACCACCACUGCCAAAGUCCGGCCAAAGAAACUUGGAUUUUCCCACUUUGGAAACUUAAGAAAAAAGAAGUUUGAUGAAUCAACAGACUACAUUUGCCCUAUGGAUACAAACCCAGCUGCUACGAAUGGUACUCCAAAAAACUAUGGUGGAUACAAAGGACUUAGUCCUUUCACUGAUAGGGAACUGGAUCAGAUGGAACACUCAGAAGGCACAGUAAUGCAAAUAGGGGCUCUUUCUCAAGGCAUAAGCCAGCUUACGGUAGGUACUCAUUUCACUCUUGUUCUGAAGUCACAAAUGUGUUCUGUCUGCUACAAUUCAGUGAAAGUUUGUCAUUGAUGGUGGUAGUUAAGAGUAAGUGGGUCACUAUUCUUGUUAAAUACCUCCUUAGAGCCUGGUUGGGCAUUUGGUAAAGAAACCACCCUGCUUUUAAAUUGCUCUAGAAAUUAAGUUUCACUUAGGCCUAUUUAAGUUUUCAUGAACUGCUGUCUCUUUAACACAAUGACAGAUAUUCAUCCCCUUAAAUGAAAACAAUUCUUCAAAGAUUUUGCACCACCAAAUGCCUCAGUCGCAGCAAGGACUAGGAAUGUCCUAGGUACAGACUUGAAAAUGUAUAUGAGCUAAAACUCCAUGGAAAACAAACAACCCCCCCCCCUCAUUAUUAACUCCACAGAGGCUAAUUUCUUAAAAAACAAAAAUAAGGGACUGAAUGAUAUAAUGAAGAAUUAUAUAAGGUAGUUGAGUCGCAUGCCACACACAAGCUCUCUAAGGAUUUCCUCAAGCAAAAAAGUGUAUUUGAAGCUAUAUUCAAGAAAUUCCUUUUAACUGUGUGCAGCUCUAACCCCCCCUGUUGUGAGUCUGAUCUCAUUACAGCUGGGUUUCUGCGACUGAACACUUUCUCACUCCUUCCCUCCCAUCUUGCCUUUUCAGACGCUGUUAAGCCAGGAUGAAAUGCUGAAUGACAGCAAGUUUUUAGCACCUACCUUUGAAGACUGGAGAUGAUGUUCCAGCGUGACCAAGAACACUACUCAUACCUCAUGCCUGUCAGGAGUGGCCAGGAGCAGCUGAAGGCCCUGGUGCAGGAUGGCUUUACCUCUCUUCUACUACUGUGACUUAGCACAUAGCAUUUAAUGUAGCCACACCUCACAGGUAACUCUCCUCUGUGCUGUUUUUCCACAUAGUGUCAUAUGAAAUAGGUGUUGGGAGAAGAAUGGGACUCAGAUCCAGAGUCUGGAAAGCCAAGACUUAGCACCCUGUUUUACCCUUUCAUUCAGUCCUCUUUUACAUGCUGUGUUACAAGAAAGACCUUUUGUAAUAUUUUUUAUUUUUAUAAUUGACUUGUAACAUAGGAAUCAUUAAUACACUAUUGUACCGUGUGGGCGUCCAUCAGAGCUACCUGGAAAUUCAGGUGGAUGCUGGUGAGUGCAGCAGUGAUGGCUCACUCAGUACUACUCUGGUCUUGCCAGACUGGUUCCCAUAAAGGAUUUUAAUCUCUCAUCCCUUUCACUAGCACAUGUUCUGCCCUCUUUUUAUCUAAGUCAGUGCAGUGUGGACUGGGAAGAAUGGAACAUAAUGCUGUCCAUCAAACCCUUGAUUUUAUCAGGAGGACAGCAAGCUAGCAUGUUCACAAAUCUUCCUCUGAUGCAAAAAGAUGCUGAACUACACCAGGAUUGUAACUCCAAGACUACCGGAAAAGUAUCAUAAUAAAACAAAUAUUUAUUUCUUUAAAACGCCUGGCAAAACAGAUCUGUUGCUAUUCUGCUGAGCUAGGCAUGACUGCAGCAGAGGGAAUUAUGGCUUCUCACUACUUACUUGAGGGGCUGCUUGAGGGUGAAACCAUCUCCUUUACAGCAGCAAUUACUUGUGGCAUCUGUUUACAUGUGCCCUCUCUUGUAUUAAUGAGCUAUCAACAAGCUAUGUUAGUAAACAGGGAAAUGCCAGACAGAAAUCUGCUUAGCUGUAAGGAAAAGACUUUGUAUCUGGCUGGUUUGCCUUACUCUCUCACUCUCUUGCAACACUCACUGACUGCAGGGUGUUGUUUUACAUACUAAUAGAGCCUGAGGGCAGGUCACUGCCAGCCACAACCCUCCCAAAUAAAGGGGAAAUCUGCAGUAUUGUCCAGAGCAUGCAGCAAGGGCUCUUUGAGAACUACCAGUGGCACUUUUUGAAGGUGACCUAUCCUACCCCUCACUCCAUGAGUUCCCUGUGGCAGACCUUGGAGUGUACGGUCAGAUUUAGGAAGCUAAACACAUGAUUUUUAUGGUUCAAAAUGAUAGAGCCAAAGCAAAUUCUUUUCAGUUGCUGAAAAAUUAAAUGAUAAUGGAAAAUCCAUAAGGCAUGAGAUGUCAGUCUGCACAUCAGCCAACUACAAAUGUUUAAUAAAAGCUAUUAAAUGUACCAGUCUGGCAGUGCAGUCAGUACUAGUGACCAGAUCAGGCAUCAUGGGCAUUUGAAACACCUUUCCAGGUUAAUUAGCCAGCAGACUGCAAAUGGGAUAAACUGCUCCAGCAGAGGCAGCCUUAGUGUCACUGGGAUAUUCCAAACAGAUUUUCCUAUUUCUUUCAAAGCUGUGUUUAUAACUCAGUGUGUUGUUGUGCUAACUUGGCUGUGAAUAGUCAAUCUACAAAAUUACUGAUUUUUUUUUUUAAAUAUAAGUAGUAAGAAAUCCUAAUUAGCAUAACACUGGUAUAAAUGCUUAUUUUUUGACUGUUAGCAAUAAAUUCUGGAUGUUCCUUUA